UCUCUCUCCCCCCCCCCCCUCUAAGUUCUCUCUGAUCGAUCCGUCGCCGGCGGCCAUGGACCAGCUUCCGAAACGCCAAGCAAACUUCACCCAACUCACUCCUCUCACUUUCUUGUCCAGAGCUGCUUCUUCUUACCCCAAUCGCAUCUCCAUUGUCCAUGAAUCCACUUUCUUCACUUGGCCUCAAACCUACGAUCGUUGUCGUCGUCUCGCUUCCUCUCUUCGGUCCCUCAACAUAUCCAAAUACGAUGUUGUUUCUGUGCUGGCACCUAACAUUCCGGCCACGUACGAGAUGCAUUUUGCAGUUCCGAUGGCCGGUGCUGUGCUCAACACCAUUAACACUCGCCUCGACGAACAAAUCGCCACCAUUCUUCGUCACUCUGACGCCAAAGUCCUGUUCGUGGAUUACGAAUAUGUGCCCAAGGCUCGUGAUGCGCUUCGUUUGCUCAUGAAUGAUCACCGGAAUCAGUAUUCGUCGCUUCCGUUCGUCGUUGUCAUCGACGAUAUAAACUCCCCGACGGGGAUCAGGCUGGGAGAAUUGGAAUAUGAACAACUGGUUCGUCAUGGUGAUCCGAAUUAUGUUCCAGAGGAAAUCCAAGACGAGUGGGAUCCCAUAGCUUUGAAUUACACUUCAGGAACAACUUCGGCUCCCAAAGGAGUCGUUUACAGUCACAGAGGCGCUUAUCUCAGUACUCUCAGUUUGAUACUUGCUUGGGAAAUGGGAAGCGAACCGGUUUACUUAUGGACACUUCCCAUGUUUCACUGCAACGGCUGGACUUUUACGUGGGGCGUGGCGGCGCGCGGCGGCACCAACGUCUGUCUCCGGAACAUAACAGCUUCUGAAAUCUACAGAAACAUAGCCCAACACAAUGUGACUCACAUGUGUUGCGCUCCCAUCGUGUUCAGCAUCAUGUUAGAGGGGAAGCCGACCGCUGCAAUGAAGUCUCCGGUCAAGAUAUUUACCGGAGGAGCCCCGCCUCCGCCGGCGCUGCUCGAGCAGAUUGAAUCUCUCGGGUUUCAUGUAACUCAUGGGUACGGGCUGACGGAGGCGACGGGACCGGCAUUGAUAUGCGAGUGGCAGAAGAAUUGGAACCAGCUUGAGAAAAGGCAACAAGCAGGGCUGAAAGCUCGACAAGGAAUCAGCAUAUUAACAAUGGCAGACGUGGAUGUGAAAGACUGGACGAUGAAGAGUGUGCCUCGAGAUGGGAAAGCCAUGGGAGAGAUUGUGCUAAGAGGAAGUGGAAUAAUGAAGGGCUAUUACAGAGAUCCUGAAUCUUCCUCAAAAGCUUUCGAAAAUGGCUGGUUCUGGACUGGUGAUGUUGGAGUGAUACACCCAGACGGGUACGUGGAGAUCAAGGAUAGGUCAAAGGACGUGAUAAUAUCCGGCGGAGAAAACAUAAGCAGCGUCGAGGUGGAGUCGGUGCUGUAUACACAUCCGGCGGUGGCGGAGGCGGCGGUGGUGGCAAUGCCUCAUCCACGGUGGGGGGAGAGUCCUUGUGCUUUUGUAGCCUUAAAGAAGAACCCAGAAGAAGUCGGUAUUGUCGACGAAGGACAGAUCGUAGCUUAUUGCCGGAAGAAGUUGCCGUCUUUUAUGGUUCCCAAGGCGGUGAAGUUCAUGGAGGAGCUGCCCAAGACGUCGACGGGGAAGAUUCAGAAGAAUGAAUUGAGAAACAAGGCCAAAGCAUUCGUAGAGUCCGAGGUUAAUAACAAUCAUGUUUCGCAGUCCAAGAAUGAUAAUACUAAAAAGAAGAACAAGAACAGCAACUAUGGAGUUAACCAGAAUAUUGAUGCAUAUAAUGUGCAGAUUAUGGCUCACUCUCGUCUUUGAAGUUUCAAGUCUUUCAAUCGGAAAGUUUAAAGAUAAUUUGAUGUUACACAUUGUGAGAAAACGAGCUUUUCUAGAUGCUUUAGAGUUUCAAGCUUUAUGAGCCCCUGUACAUGCCAAAGGCCGCCAUAUUCUGUUCUAUUCGUAUUUAAGGCUUGUAAUCUAGCAAGUUAAUAGGUGUUUAUUUAUUAUAUUAA